AUGUAUAUUCGUGAAGCUAUUUAUCAACUCAUAACGACAUGGAACGAUCAGAGCACGGUGCUUGCCGCAACAGUUCGCGCUGUAAAGAAGAACGCUGAGGAGAAUGGUGUCGUUUCUGAAUCUAACGAUAUCGGUCUGGAACGAAUAGACGAUCCAUUCCCAUCGUAUUUACAUCUUGGGCUUAAACUUCAACCGAGAGUUGGUGUUGUUGUUCGUGACAUCAUGGACUCACGAGGGAAUUACAAGCCCGAUAUAGGCAGUAUAAUUGCGUAUGCACUUUCUUCAGCGGAUUAUGAGGAGAAUCGCCGGAAGCAGCGUGAUGCUGCCAAGGGAGAGCAACCUCCACUCAACCUCAAUUCAAACAGCAUAGCAUCAGACGAACAGGCGUUGGCCGCUGAACAUCUUGAGAUAGAGUUCCAGGAUAAUCAGGCUUCUUAUUACGUCAAAGCGUACUAUGCGGCCCGAUUCCGCUUAUUGCGUAAGUUACUGUUCACAGAAGGUGAAGAAGCAUUCAUCCGUUCGUUGUCUCAAAGCACUUUCUGGACACCACAGGGAGGAAAAUCAGGAUCAUUUUUCUAUAGGACCCAGGAUGAUCGGUUUGUUGUGAAGCAGAUGUCUCGGUUCGAGAUCCAGUCUUUUGUUGAAUUCGCGCCUCACUAUUUCGAAUACGUGAAAACUGCUGUUGUUGAAAACAAAUUGACGGCUCUGUGUAAGGUAAGAGUUGAAGAGUCUAUGGUGUGUUUCCGAGUUGGCUAUAAAAGCAAAUCUACACAACUGAAAUUUGAUAUCCUGGUUAUGGAAUAUUUGUUCUAUAAACACAAUGUGAAUCAAGUAUGGGACCUCAAAGGCUCUCUGAGGAAUCGAAUGGCCUCAACGGGGAAAAGCACAUCAGACCUUGUCCUGUUGGAUGAAAACUUGAUGAAAGAUCUGUGGAACAAACAACUGUACAUUUAUCCGCAUGCUAAAGCUGCACUAAACCAAGCAAUCAGCAAUGACAGUCACUUUUUGAGUUCCCAGCAUGUUAUGGAUUACUCUUUACUUGUUGGAGUCGAUGAAACGAACGGUGAAUUGAUUCUAGGAAUAGUUGACUAUAUGAGGACGUACACGCUGGACAAGAAACUUGAAUCAUGGGUAAAAAUUGUUGCUAUACCUGGCGCUCAUCUUCCAACAAUCCUCAGUCCAGAAAUGUACUGCACGAGGUUCUCUGAGGCUAUUGAUACUUAUUUCCCGGUUGUUCCUGAUCAAUGGACGGGUUUGGGAUCCGCGGUCUCUUAUUAG